AUGCCCAAGGCAGCGCCAAUGCCGGGCAAGGAGCCCCAGUCAUCAACAUCGCUGGGUCGGUUUUCGGUGGGGUCGCGGGAGUGGGCUCCACGACCACCAAUUUGGCCUAGGGCCGGGGCCGUGGCGGAGGCCAGAACCGAGGAGGGCGGGGCGGUAGGUGGGGAGGAGGAAGAGGAAGAGGACGAGGGGCCCUACCACCCCGGCCCGCUGGAACGGCUGGAGGCUGCAUUUGCCCAACAGCAGGAGACCAUUACUCGCCUCCAGCAGGAGAAUGCCGAGCUGUCGCGCCUACGACUCCAAGAGGGGAGCGCAGAGCAGGUCAAUGAGGAGCCGACUACUACUCUCUCUAUCGCAGACGGCCUUGAUGCCGAAUUCGACAUCAACAUGUAUCUCGACUCCGAGGCAGAGGAGAUGACGAAGAGUCCCUCUUAG